AUGAGGCUAUGGCCAGGAAUGCCCUUCUGGGCAAUUGGGAUGCCAGAAAAGACCCUGUCCGGCAGCCCCAACAAGCCACCCCCUGGAAAGCUUCUUCAACAGCUUCAAGUUUGGGAUCCGGCGCUAACAGCCCACCGUAUUUCGGAAGACGACUCAGAAUCUGCAAGCAGCAUGCCAAGGAUUAUUAUGCUCAGUGCAGUGGAGGGCACAGCCGCACGCAGAUGCCUCCAUUGGUCGUUGCCCAUGAUGAUGCCGAUCUUACGCCCCAAAGAAAAGAGGGGCCAUUUCACUCCUGACGUAUUAGGGGCACCCUGUGUGGAAACACCUCAUGCGCGCAACCAAAUAGCGACCGCGAUACUCUGGCAGUCAAGUAUCGAUAAAGGUUUAUUAGACGAGGAUAAGGUCCACAAGACUCUUGGAUAUGAGAUCGAUCAAGAUGCGAAUGGCCGUGCAUCAGAUGGCCUGACGGACGAAGAACGCAUGGAGCGAAUCCGUAAACUCUCCGCCCCAGGGAGCGGCCACCCGUAUAAUGCCCAGGAACCGCAAGACGAGGAGGAAGAGGAAGGCAAGCCCGCCAAGAAAGAGAGUUCAUUGCGCGCAAAGUUUGGUUUCGCGCCUCGUCGCCCGAGCAAUGCUAAGGCGUUGGAGCAGAGCAUGACACCUGGUGACCCCGCCACCUAUAACGCCAUUGGGUAUGUUGCUUCGACCACUGUUAUGUUCCCUUACUUUGCUGACGUCUGGCUUUAG